UGUUUGUUUGUUUGUUUGUUUUAAAUUUCUUUGAAUAGUUACCUUUAAAUUGCUAGUAGAAAAGCAUAGGGUGCUGUAUUUAGCUUAUGUUUAAAUAAUGUAAAGAUCAGAAAAGCCCAUUAUUUAAUUAGCAUAUGCUUAUUGAGUUGUUGAGAUUAAGGGGGGGCAAAACUUAGAAUAUAUGCUACUAUCUCCUUAUAAUUGUAAGAUCCUCAUACUUUUUCUUCAGCUAAAUGAGCCAUCUCCCCCUUACCAUAUUUUCUUUAAUCCUAGGAUUUUCAAAUGUAUGACUGUGCUGAUAUUUGGAAUAAAUGUCUGGGGAAAACUAUACCACAGUGACUGAAUUCAUCUUGCUAGGGCUAACAGACUCACCUGAACUUCAAAUUAUACUCUUUAUCUUAUUUUUGGUCAUUUAUACUCUCACAUUAAUGGGCAAUUCAGGAAUGAUUAUAUUAAUCAAAAUAGAUUCUCAACUCCACACACCUAUGUAUUUUUUUCUGACCAACUUGUCCUUCAAUGACAUUUUUUAUUCUUCAACUAUCACUCCAAAGAUGUUAGUUGAUUUAUUGUCUGAAAGAAAAGUCAUCUCUUUUGCUGGGUGCUUUCUGCAGCUGUAUGUCUUUAUUGCUUUGACAACCACUGAAUGUAUCCUCUUUGGAUUGAUGGCUUAUGACCGUUAUGUGGCCAUCUGUAACCCCCUGCUUUACCCAGUUAUCAUGUCAAGGGCAGUCUGCUUGAAGAUGGCCAUGGGAGCCUUCACAGCAGGAUUCCUAAACUCAAUUAUUCAUACCAGUUACAUAAGUAGCUUAUCUUACUGUGGCUCCAAUGUCAUCCACCAUUUUUUCUGUGACAGUUCCCCAAUCCUCAAACUCUCUUGUUCUGACACUCAAAUGAAUGAAACCAUCAUUUUCAUCUGUGUUGGGGUAAACAUGUUAGGGGCUCUUUUGAUCAUCCUUACUUCUUAUAUCUAUAUUCUCUUCUCUAUUUUACGCUUGAAUUCAGUUGAAGGGAAGCGUAAAGCUUUCUCAACCUGUGCUUCUCAUCUUACAGCUAUUGGUAUAUUUUAUGGAACUGAGCUUAUUACUUAUUUGUGUCCAAGUUCAAAGUACUCCCCAAUUAAGGAAAAAUUAUGGCUGUAUUCUACACAGUGGUUAUCCCAAUGCUGAACCCUUUAAUCUACAGCCUGAGAAAUGAAGAUGUAAAGAAGG